AUGGGGCGCCCUGAUGGCUCCCAUGCCCCUGAGGGGUACGGAUACGAUGUCCCUAAACAUCAGCACAGCUACGAUUAUGGAAAGGGGAGGCCAUUCGACUACUCCUACGUCGUCAAGGACGCCUACCAAAACCUCGACUUCGGUCACAAGUCCACCUCCGACGGGAAGUUGGUGACCGGCGACUACCACGUCCUCCUCCCCGACGGUCGCAAUCAGACAGUCGUUUACACCACCGAUCACAACGGCUACCAGGCUCAGGUUGCUUAUCACGGAGAAGCCAAGUACCCCGAAGCCAAGCCCUAUGCCCCUGCCCCAUCCUACGAAGCCCCUAAACCCACUUACAAAGCAGCUGCCACAGUCUAUGGAGCCCCAGCUCCAACUUACGAGGAACCCCAAGCUCUCUACGGCGCUUCCGAAUACUGA